AUGAUCGGCCACGUUCGUGCUUUUUCCCGAAGCGGGGCUUGUCUUCAAAUCGGCCGUCCAAACGACCACGAGACUCCAGCCCCUUUCCCCGUCCCUAAAAAUAGCCGCGCCUGCGGUCUCUGCCUCCCCCGCUCGCUUGCCCGGCUCGCCAUCGCGCCGGCCAGCCACGGGCCGGGCACGGCAAGCGGAGGCUGCAGCCCCAACCCCAGCCCCAGCCCCUGUGUGGGGUCUGCCUCGAGCACUACAGACAGCCUGCGCAGACACCCCGCGCCACGCGCUCGCCCGUCCUCGCUGCCGCUGAUUAGCCUCCCCCCCUUAAGUAAGAUUCUCGUCAUAAAACAUACGGUGACAAAUCCCCGGUACCUUUACAGUAGGAUGGAUCGGAUGCAGCCCUUCCGCACGCUGGGGCUGGGGCUGGGGCUGCCGCUGGCCCCCAGGCCUACUAGCCCCAAGCCAAGCCCGGCCUGGCCCGGCCCGUCCAGGCCAGGGCUAGGCUUGCUUGCCUCAUCCGGGGGUUCCUGUAUGUACCCUCCGCGCCGGGUUCCCGGUCUCGGGUGA